AUGUUCAUAUUACCAUUCCUUUGUGCCACUUAUUUAUUAAUGUUCUUAGAUAAAGCAUUAUUGAAUUAUGCAGCUUCCAUGGGUAUUAAAAAACAUUUAAAAGGUGAUGAAUAUUCUAAUUUGGGGACCAUUUUCUCUGCUUCUUAUAUCUUUAUGGAACCCAUUGUCACUUAUUUGAUUCAAAAAUAUCCAAUUUCAAAAGUUAUGGCCGUUUUCAUCACUUUAUGGGGGGUAGUAUUAACAUGUCAUUCAGCUUGUAAAUCAUACGCUUCAUUAAUGAUCGUAAGAACUCUCUUGGGUAUUUUCGAAUCUUCAAGUGCUGUUGGUUGUAUUGCCAUUAGUGGGAUGUAUUAUACAAAAUCAGAACAAAGUGCAAGAAUUGGGUUUUGGGCUAUUCAAGCAGGUACUGGUUAUAUAGUUGGUGGGUUAAUCUCAUUUGGAUUUUUACAUUAUAAUGGAACAGAAUUCACUUCAUGGCAAAUUAUGUUCCUUGUCGUUGGGUUAGUCACUGUAUUGUUUGGUAUAAUAACAUACUUCUAUUUACCUGAUAACGUCACUAAUGCUUGGUUCUUAACAAGGGAGGAAAAAUUACAAGUAGUUGAACAUAUUAGAAGUAAUCAAACUGGGUUAGAAAAUAAAAAAUUUAAAAUUGAGCAAAUUAAAGAACUAUUUUUCAAAGAUAAAUUGACUUGGCCAAUGCUUUUAGUCACCGCAUGCUCUCAAAUUUCUACUGGUGCAAUCGGUACUUUCUCCACUACCAUUACUGCCACUUUUGGGUUUGAUAAAUAUCAAACUGCUUUAUUACAAUUACCAAUUGGUGCUAUUACUGCUUUAAUUAUUUUAAUUACUACACAAAUGAUAUCACGUUGGGGAAAUCUAACAUUGAUAACAACUUCAAUGUAUAUCCCAGCUAUUAUUGGAUGUAUUGUAAUGAUAGCUCUACCAUUGUCUCAUAGAGUGGGUAAUUUAUUGUCAUUAUAUCUUCUUUAUAGUGGGUCAUGUGUCAUUACGAACAUCUAUAUUUGGAAUUCAUGUAAUACAUCUGGUUAUUCUAAGAGAAUCAUUAGAAAUGCUGUUACUAUGAUUGUUUACAAUGUCUCCUGUAUUGUCGCUCCACAAAUGUUUAGAGCAUAUUCUGCACCAAGAUACAUUCCAGCCAAGAUUGCCCUUUUAGUCACUCAAUGUGUAUGUGUCCCAUUACAAUUAUACAUCGGUUAUUUAUGUAAGAAGGAAAAUGCUAAAAGAGAUAAAGAACAAGAAGGUCAAGAUACUAAGAAAUAUCAAUUUUUAGAUCUGACAGACAUUGAAAAUAGAAGUUUCAGAUAUAUCGUUUAG